AUGGGCUAUAUUGCACAUGAAAUGGACAUCUUCGGCGCGGGCAGCGAGACGUCGGCGACGACGCUGGAGUGGAUCAUAGCGGAGCUGGUGAGGAACCCGAAGGUGAUGCGCCGGGCGACGGCGGAGGUCCGACAAGCCUUCGAGACCAACGGCGCCGUGGAUGAGGACCAGCUCGCCACCCUCGUCCCGUACCUGCACCUGGUGAUCCGGGAGACGUUCCGGCUGCACACGCCCCUGCCUCUGCUCCUCCCGCGGGAGUGCCAGGAGGCGCCGGCGUGCAAGGUGCUGGGCUACGACGUGCCGCGGGGCACGCAGGUGCUCGUCAACGUCUGGGCGCUGGGCCGCGACGAGCGGUACUGGCCCGAGGACCCCGAGGAGUUCCGGCCGGAGCGCUUCGAGGCCGGCGCGGCGGCGGACGGGGUGGAUUUCAGAGGGGUGGACUUCGAGCUGCUGCCCUUCGGCGCCGGCAGGAGGAUGUGCCCCGGCAUGGGCUUCGGCCUCGCCAACGUCGAGCUCGCGCUCGCAAGCCUGCUGCUGCACUUCGACUGGGAGGCGCCGGGGGUGGCUGAUCCGGCGGAGUUCGACAUGACCGAGGCGUUCGGCAUUACCUCCAGGAGGAAGGCCGGCCUCUCGCUGCGUCCCGUCCUGCGCGUGCCUCUGCCCGACGUCUAA